AUGGCACUCCCCCAAGAUGAGCUCGACGAGAUUUACACCUUCGCGAUAGACCUGGGUCGCAAGGCAGGAAAGAUGCUCAUGGAUCGAGUAGACCAGCGGAUCGCCGGUGGAGACGCCAACGCCUUCGAAGAGAAGGAAAACGCAGUCGACAUCGUGACGCAGACCGACGAAGACGUCGAAGUAUUUAUUCGAAGCAGACUGGAAGCCAAAUACCCCUCUCACAAAUUCCUCGGCGAGGAAACAUACGCCAAGGGCCAAUCGCGCGACUAUCUCAUCGAUGAACAACCAACAUGGUGUAUUGACCCAUUAGAUGGCACUGUAAACUACACGCAUAUCUUCCCCAUGUUCUGUGUCUCCAUCGGCUUCAUCGUUGACCAUAAGCCUGUCAUCGGCGUGAUUUACGCCCCCUUCACAGACCAGCUGUGGUCAUCCUGUACUGGGCGCGGAGCCUGGCUCAAUGAGACUCGUCGCCUUCCUCUCCUCCACAACCCCAUCCCGCCAAUGCCUCCCAAUGCGCCGGCGCAAUGUGUGUUCUCCUGCGAAUGGGGGAAAGACCGUCGCGAUAUCCCAGAUGGUAACAUGCACCGCAAGAUUGAGAGUUUUGUGAAUAUGGCUGCUGAGCUGGGGAGUCGGUCUGGGAGGGGUGGAAUGGUGCACGGCAUGCGCAGCUUAGGUAGCGCGACGCUGGAUCUGGCGUAUGUUGCUAUGGGAUCCUUUGAUAUUUGGUGGGAAGGAGGUUGUUGGGAAUGGGAUAUCGCUGCUGGAGCUGCUAUCCUUCUGGAGGCAGGGGGACUGAUGACUACUGCCAACCCACCAGAGAAGGAAGAAACGGCGCCGAUUGAAGACGUUCGACUGGGGAGCCGACUUUAUCUUGCUAUCAGACCGGCUGGUCCGUCUGCCACGGAAACAGGCCGCGAGACACAGGAGCGCACAGUACGUGAAGUCUGGCGUCGUGUUCGCAACCUAGACUAUGCUCGACCGGGGGCUUAA